UUUUCCCACCAGAGCCCGCACGUGCGCGAGCGAGCCCGACACAGAGCCCCCUCACUUGAAUCAAUUCACCCUCCUAUAUCCCCCGAUCUCGAACUCGUUCCGUAUCACCACUUAUCAUCAUGUCCGUCGAGGUUGUGCUCGGCACGCCCCUCGCGGAUGCCCUUAACAUGGCCAUCCAGGGCAAGAUCGCAGAGCUUGGAUGGGCCGGCCCGGGCACCGAAGGCUCUGCCAUGUCUGAGUACUUCCUUCUCAUGCUCGCCAACGGAAAGACGGAAUCCGAGAUUGCCGCCGAAAUCGCCGGCGACCUGCUCUCGCUUGGCCCCGACGACCAAACAGCCCCGGCAUUCGCAAAUUGGCUCUUCCAACAAAUUGGUGCUCUGAGCGCACAAUUAGGCCCCGACCCAGCGCAGACUGCUGACGUUCCGGAUGGGGCGAACGAUGACCCUAUGGACGGCUCUUUUGACGCCAUGGAUGCACCAGAUGCACCUGCUGCCGCGCUCAAUGCACCUACUGGCCCUAAGGCUAUGCGGAACGGGACCGGAAACAUGCGCGGUGGGCGAGAGAAGCGCAUCAUGGGCCAGAUCAACCGUGCCCUGGAUCGGACACAAGACUCGGUCCUUCACCGUGUCCGUAACCAAUCCGGCAACGAGAGGAUCGGGAGGGGCCCCCCAGCUGGGCCAAGGAUGGGCGCGGGAAGGCAACCGCGGACGAACAACACACGCGCCACCAACAUCGCCGCCGGACUAGCGGCGAACAUGGGCGGCAUGCCCCCCGGCGCUCCGAUGAACGGGAUGGGCGGAAUGGGCGGAAUGGGCGGAAUGAAUCCAAUGAACGCCGCCGGCUACGGACAAGCGGAUAUUUUCGCCAUGAUGGAGCAACAGAACCACAUGCUCCAGCAGAUGCAGCAGCAGCUCUUGGUCCAGCAGCAGAACGGCGGCGGCCGCGGCGGGUAUACCCGUGGUAAGCAGCAGUUUGACCGUGGCGGCAGGGGAAAUCAAUUCCGGCGAGGCGGAGGGCACCAUCAACACAACGGUCACGCGGAGCAGCAACAACACCAACCACAGGGUGCCGAAGGAAGCCAAGCAGAUUCUGCCUCGCAAGGCGACGUCGACAUGACGGGAGCUAAGCGCGAGGCGCCGAAUCCCGACGAGACGGUCUGCCGGUUCAACUUGCGGUGUCAGAACAAGGACUGCAAGUUUGCCCACCAGUCCCCGGCGGCGCCGCCUGGCACCACUGUCGACCUUAAGGAUGUCUGCACCUUCGGCGCGGCUUGCAAGAACCGCAAGUGUGUCGGGCGCCACCCAUCACCGGCGAGCAAGAUGGCGCACCAGAGCGAACAGGACUGCAAGUUCUUCCCCAACUGCGCGAACCCGCACUGCACGUUCCGGCAUCCUACCAUGCCGGCCUGCCGGAACGGUGGCGAGUGCAAGGUGGCCAACUGCAAGUUCACGCACGUCAAGACCCCCUGCAAGUACCGCCCAUGCACCAACCGAAGCUGCCCGUUCAUGCACGAGGAGGGCCAGCGAGGCACCUUCCAGGACAAGGUGUGGACGGCCGAGGACGGACAGGAGCAUGUCAGCGAGCGAAAGUUUGCCAGCGACGGCCCGGAAGAUCUCGUUCUCCCCGGAUCGGAGGAGCACAUGGAUCAUAUUCCGGAUGCCGAACCCGCUGAGGUGGUCAUCUAGUUGUAGCGGGGGGUUACGUGUCAGAUGA